ACAGAGCAAAUACAGCCCAUUUCAAUUCACUUAACUUCUGUUUACUUAUUUCAAAUGUUAAAAGGAGCAGCCAUUGCAGUUAUCACCCACAAGUGUCACAUUAUUGAAGAAUGCAAGGUAUAAGGAAAGGCUACAGACCAAAUAUCUAAGGGAUUUAAGCAAAAAACAACAGUUAUCUGGGGCAUUAGAUGGUCGUAGAUGGCGUUUUCUGUCUCCUGGACUGGAUGAUUUUAGAGAUGGUUAUCCGACUGUCCAUAAAGCACUCUUCACCCAGUGUAAGUGUGGAACCUCCCCUGCAGUCUUUGGGAUGCCAAAGCACGCUUGUUCAGUGAAGAUACCGCUGAAGAAAUUGAGUAAAGAUCAAGCAUGUUACUCGAAGCAGAAUCCACAAUGUCAAGCCCAGCGUGAGUUCAUUGAUGCUGUGGAGUACAAACUGAAACAACACCCUCUGGCAAUCUACCCACAUCUGGAGAGUGGAAUGACACCAGAGUUAUUUGAGCAGGUGUUGUCAGUUCUGGACCCUGAUAUGUGUGUGAAUGGAGAAUUGGCCACAACAUUUCCAACAAAGGAAAUAGAGCACCUGGAGGAGCGCAGACCCCAAUGUGAAAUGUCAGCUCCAGACUUCCUCAGAGAGACUGCAAAACCAUCCAUCACCAUCAAGUCUCAAAAGGGGACAUUUAAAGAGACCAGGCCAACAAAUCCCUAUAAAUGGAAGGAACCUAGAGAUCAGAUGGCCAAUGUUAAACACCUGCACUCUCUAUCUCAAGAAGAUGACAAGCUGAUGAUUACCAGGCCCUUCUGCAAAUGGAUGACUUCACUGGGUGGAGAGACCAAUGAUCUGACAGAGUCAACCAUCUUGGACUUGUUUAAGAGUGACUAUGAGAAGAAAACCUUCUUGGCCUUCCCUAUUAACAAUACGGAUCCUUAUAAAACUCCAGCAAAACUCUACAGCUCUGUAGAGGAGCAUCAUAAAGACCAGUCUCUUGAAACAUGCUUCAAAGAGUUGAACAAGGCCGAUAGACCAAACAGACCCCAGACUUCCAAAACAUGGAAGAAGAGGGUUACAAAUGUUCCUCUGAGAACCCCAUCUGAUAUCUCAGAAAGUGUGGACAUUGAAGAACAACUGAGUGAGCAGGAUAAGGAGCUGAAGCAAAUUCACAUCAUGCAGGCAUUCAGGGAGUUCAUUAUCAGCAAGGGACGGAGAAUGCCAAGGUUUCUCAGUGCUGUCUUCUCUGACGAGGAACAGGAUCAGAGGUUUAGACACUACAAGCACUAUAUCAACACCUAAAAGGAGAGCCUUCCAUUAAACUGAGUAAUAUUCUCUUAUGGUGUUGUUACAUUGUACUUCAACAUUAAUGCAUCAUCUACAGGGUGAAAAUCUCAUGACUGCAAAUUUUCAAGCUUUAAGGAAUGUUUUACCAUCAAACCAAAUUUUUAUUUUCUUUAUUGAUCCCGUCACACUAAAUAUGUGUGUAGAGUUUCCACUAGAGCAUAUUUGGGAUGUUACAUAGUUUUCUUCAAUCAUUCAUAACAUUUUCUAUGAAAACACACAUUUUGUUCUCAGCAUCUUUGUAGGAAUUGCAAGGGCUUUCUAAGAUUUUUAUUGGUAAGUAGCCUAAAGUAGAUUCUCAGCCUCAGAUGGCACAUCCACGGAGCGCCCACAGUUAACCAUUCGAUAUAGUCUGAUUGGCAAGUUUGAUGGAAAUUUUGCUUUUUGAAACUAUCUGAUAUCGGUAAAAAAAGAUGCUGAUAGCUGUCAAUAGUUUUAUUGAUUUAUUAUUCCUUUGUGUUCCCCUGUGGAAUGGCUUGAUUCUACAGUAUAACAUCGGCCUCUAGAGGUGAAAUAAAAACAAUCACUGAUACUGUACCUCGUGGGGAUUUGCUGUUUCUGAAUCUUUCAUCAUUGACAAUAUUCGUCCAUAUUUUAUUCUCACUAUCCUCAGAUAAUCAAGUGUUCUAUAUUCAAGCGAGGGCAUGCAAAAAAAAAAAAAGUGAUUUUGUAUAUGGAAAUGUACUCUGUCAGCACAUACAUCUUGUCUCCAACUUCAUCUCUUGUGAAUUAUAAUUAACCUUAUUCCUCAUUAAACCUCAUCAUAUAGGCUAUAAAAAGCUUCAUUUGGUAAAAACUUAAAUAUAGUGUCUAAACAGAGCUAAGUCUCUGUCAUUUCAAAAUAAGAGUCCUCGUUGUACUUCGAUUUUGUUUAUAGUUAAAAGUCCCACGUUACACACCAAAUCUUCAUUUUUUGAAGUUAUUAUUGGGAUUUUGGUUGAUCAAUAAACUACAUCUGGGAUUUCAUUCAUUUUGGACUCCAUGUCUGUGCCUGUCAUAGUAAGGAAAGACAAAUAAUUUUUUUAAAGUCCCUUAAGUGGCUUGACAGACGCAUUUCUCAGUGUUAGCGGUUGAGUUAUUAUAAAAUAAUUAUAACAUA